AUGUUUGGAGCAAAAAUUAAAUAUUAAAAUUCAUUCUCUGACACAGAUACUGCAACUGAUAUUUGUAAAGCAGCUACUUAUGACGAAGUCAAAGAUAUCUCAUUCACUUUCUAACACAACACUCCUAGUUUAAUGGUAAUUCUUAAAGGUGAUGGAGAUCGUUGGGGAAUAUCAAAUAUCGCAUUAGCAAUUGAUGAAUGUCCUUCUGGAUGUGAUUCAUGUAGCUCUAGUUUAUGUUUAGAUCAAAAAUAAGUUCCUAUCUCAAUUACUUGGACAACUGUAGAAUCGACACUAACAGCUUCUUGUGGAGGGUAUUCAUACUAAUAUACAACCGGCAAUUUUAUGGAAAUUCACCUCACCUUAGAUCCUCAUAAUACAAUAAAUUCAGCAAUGAAAUCUCAUAUUGCUAAUGCAGAUAAUCCAACACUAACAAUUAAGGUAGAUAAUCAAAUUGUAUCUGCUACUUAAUCGCUCUCAGUUAGACUAUCUAAUGCAGCAUUUUUCUGUUUUCAAAAUCAGAUAUUAGAAGUGGUAAUAAAUGAUUUGGAUCACACAAACCCUACAAUUACAUUUCGUAUUGAAGUUGUGAUGGUUAGAUAUGAUGCAGGUUCAAUUAUGCCUCUUAUUGGAAUAAAAGAAUCUUAAUUGUUUAUUAAAACCGUGAUAAAAUAAAUUGUCUCUCUAGAAUUGCCUUUUGAAGGUUGUUUGAUGAGUUUUUCUGAACUUUUUGAAGGAUGUUCUUUUUGUGUUAGAAGUUUAUGCUUACACUGCAAUGAAGGUUGGGAAUAUAUACAGUAAGAUUAGAGAUGUCAACCAAUUUGUGGUGAUGGAUUGAUAGUAAAUAAUGAAGAAUGUGAUGAUGAAAAUUUAACUCCUUAUGAUGGUUGUUAGAAUUGCAAGUUCUCUUGUCCACAGUUUUGUUAAUAAUGUGUAAGAGGAAAAUGCAUAAAAUGCGAACUCCCAUGGAAGUUAAUGAAUGGACAAUGUCUAUAUGUAUGUGAUUAAAUUUUAAACUACUCUGAUCAAUUAUUCUCUGGAUGUUUUUUUCAAAUUGAAAAUUUUGUAAUGAAUGGAUAUUAUUAUGAAUAUAACUCAAAGAUGUCGUUAUAACAUACAUUAUUGAAUAAUGCUAAUUAAAAAGAGUUCCGCUAUGAAUUUUUAGAAUGUGAAAUUUCAGAUUAUGGAAUGAUGGGAUAUUAGUAUAAUUAGUGCAUUGUUAGAUAAAUUUCAUAUUGUAAAAAAUAAUUAUGGAAUAAAUGUCUUGAAUGUCAAGAUGGCUAUUAGUUGGCACACAAUAAAUAGUAUUGUGAAACUAAAUGUAAAGAUAAUUAUAAAUUGGAUUUUGAGACAUGUGAUGAUGGCAAUAAUAUUUAAUUUGAUGGCUGUUUUUAAUGUGAAUCAAGUUGCCAGUUAGAAUGCUUGUAUUGUAUUAAUUAGGAAUGCUUGUAUUGUAAAGAGGGAUGGUAUUUAAUUGAGAACCAAUGUUUACCAAUUUGUGGAGAUGGAAUAACUGUUCCAACUGAACAAUGUGAUGAUAAUAAUUAAGAAUCUGGAGAUGGAUGUUUUGAAUGCAAAGCUGAAUGUUCUAAUUGUAAAAUAUGCAAUUACAACAAUAAAUGUUAAGUUUGUGAAGAGCACUUUGAAUUAGUAUCAUAACUUUGUUAACCUAUUUGCGGUGAUAAAUAUAUAGAACCUGGUUUGGAAGAAUGUGAUGAUGGUAAUGAAAUUUAGGAUGAUGGUUGUUAUAAUUGUUAAUUAGAAUGCUAUUCUGGGUGUAAGCGAUGUUACUUUGGCUUAUGCACCGACAUUUGUUCAUUUGAUGAAUUGUAUGUUGAUGGCAUGUGUGUAAAAGAAGAAAUUAAUGUUUCAUAGUGUAGUGAUGGAUGUUAAGAUUGCAUUAAAGGGCAAUGUGUGAAAUGCAAAUAGAAUUUUUAAUUAUUAAGUGGAGUUUGUUAAGUGUUCGCAUGUGGUAAUGGCAUUAGAGAAAUCUACGAAGAAUGCGAUGAUGGCAACAUUUUGAGUAAUGAUGGUUGUUCCAAAAAUUGUACAGUAGAAAAUAACUGGACUUGUUUAAGUAAAGAUUCACAAUCUAACACUUGUUAUUAACUAACUGAAGUCAACCUAGAAUAUUUGAAUGUCACUAGAUAAAAUCAGUUUGUUCAACUAUCCUAUUCUAAAAAAGUUAGACUAAACUUAAAUUCCGAUCCUAAUAAUUUUCUAAAUUAAUAUUCCUUAAAACUUUUAGGAUUGCAAGAAGAUUAAUACUAAAUAACAUGCUUACCCAAAAUUCCUAUUGCUUAAGACGAACACAGAUCUAUCUUAUAUGAAUUUCAAAUAAUCCUUUUUUAGCAGAUAUUAAACUAACUCAACUUUAACGUAUUUAUAAAUGAUACUGUAUUGGAUGAGAAUGAUAUUGCUGUAACUUCAUCAAAUGUUUCUAUUUAACUUAAAGUGCCAAAGAUCUUGACUGCUUCUUAAUCAACUUUUUCAUAGACGUUUAGAAAAGUAGGCUACAGCAUGAUGAUAAGCUUGAGUUGUAGUAGUGUAAUAAUGCUACUUUUAGGAGAAUUUGCACAAACAGUUGCAUUAUUAGAUAUUCUUCAAUAUUAACAGUAUCUAAAAUAUCUAAAUGUAGAUUAUCCUUAUAAUGUGUAUAUUUAUUUUGAGUCUUCAAAUUUCAUUACUUUGUAACCUCUCCUAAACUAAUUGAAUUUUAUUGAGUUUUAUCAAAACAUAGUUUAAGAAAACUUUUAACAAAGCAUAGGCAAGUUUAAGGAGUACGAAUUAAAUGCUGAUCUCCUAACAAAUAUUGAUAGUUUGUUAUUUUAACUGAUUUGCGGAAUGAUUUUUCUUUUGAUUCUUUGUAUUUAUGAAAAAUUAAUUUCAAAACACAUUCCUAUAGUUCAGGUUGCCACUUAUGUUUAAAAGUGGCAAUGCAAAUUAAUUCAAAGUAUUUUCAAAUAUCUUUAUAAAUACAAAAGAAAAUACUUAGAAAUUUCAAAAGUUGUCAAUAUUAAUACUUUUAUUCAAUUCUUUUAUGCUAAUAGCUGGGACUUAAUAUUCAAGGUGUUUUUAUUUUUGAUUUCAAAUACUUAAUCCUAAAAUAGAUAAAAAGCCUCUCUAUUAAUUUGUAUUAGCUAUUUAGGAAUUAUGAUUAAAAUAUUCCUAUUUGAUAUUCGAAAAAAUAUGAGUAAAACAAGGGUAACUUUAAUUAAAGCAGCCUAACUUGAAAAGUUAAUUUUGUUUAAAAAAUUCUCUUUCCAUUUUCUAUUAACAUGGAUGUAAUACUAUCCGAUUACUUAAUGCAUUUUAAUUCCAUUAUUUAUUUCUUCAUACGUUGUCUUGAUAUUGGGGUUUAAAUUGAAAACUUAGAAAAUUGAAAUUUUGACAACUUUAUCACUUGAAAUUCCUAUAAUUCUAUGUAUAUUAAUGAAUAUUCCUUAUUGUGAGGAUUUUCAAAGUUAUUUUUCUAUAAAUUCAUAAAUUUACAUAGGGUUUGCCUAAAUUGGAUUAUUAAUUCUUAGUUUAAUAGGUCCUUUAGUUUAAACAGGUUUUGAAUUUUAUUGUAAAUUGAAAAAAUAUCUAAAUUCUAGAAAAUAAACGAGAUUAAAAGAACAACAGAAUAAAACUACUACAAAUAUUUUUAUAGAGGCACUCUGA